AUGGGGUCCGGUUUGUGGUUUAUGGUGUGUGUGCCUAAAGAAGAAUAUGAAAAGAAACUCCGGUUAGGGCUAACAAGCUAUGGUUCCUCCAAGAGCUUGCGAAGCAAAUCUUCAGAACAACUUGAUUCUACAAAAGCUUCAGGCAAUAACGGCACAGUCCCAGCAAGUCCUGUGAAACUUAAACUAAAUCAAAGUAAUGGACAAAAGUCCAAUGCUUCCAAGACAUCACUGGUCACGUGGAAUUCAACAGAAGAAUCCUCGUCGUCUGCAGCGAGGUCUAUAGAAUUAGAACAGUAUUUAGCGAAGGAAGAUUCUUUAGUCAAGGUUCUUCAAGAAGAACUAGACCAUCUGGAGAUUCAAGAUGCAGUGUGGACGUCAUCCAGUGAUGAUAAGUAUCACCAGGUCUAUUUUCCCUGUGAAGCAGGUGGCCAGAGCGAUUUUGUACUCCAGCAUCUCACGUCGCGUGGUCUCGGGCGACGAGAUAGAUCAACUAUUGGAGUCAUCCCAUGUGCCGUGUUCUAUCGUCACGACUCUACGACAACAGAACCUUCUAGCAACCAAUUUACAGACACCGAUGACACCGACAGUGAUGGAUCUACUAAUUCACCCAAAGCUUCCAAGGCAAAGAAUGAUAUAAAGCGUGCCAGGAAAGCUUUCAAGUCAAUGCAGAAGAGGUUUCUGAAGACGGUGACAGCUAGACUUACUGUUGCUCAGGUUGUUGAUGGAAUACGGGCCAACGCAGUUUUGUCAUUCGACUUCGUGAUGUUUAUAAUAUUGGCCAGCAUGAUUGCUGCUUUGGGUUUAAUGGAAAACAGUUCAGUUGUUCUAGUUGCCAGCAUGUUGAUAUCACCUCUCAUGGGUCCUAUAUUGGCAGGAACGUUUGGUGCGGUGAUCGAGGAUAGAUCUUUGAGAAACCAAGGUUUAACGAACGAAAUAAUUGGUUUAUCUGUGUGUGUUGUUUUUGGUUUUCUGUUCGGUCUUAUAUGUGGAAACUUCAGCGACACUUGGGGUCAAGGAGAGUGGCCAACAUCAGAAAUGGCUGGCAGGGGCUACUGGAGAAGCUUAUGGGUAGGCUUGCUGAUUGCACUGCCCUCUGGCGCCGGUGUGGCUCUCUCAGUGCUGGGCGGAAACGCUGGAUCUUUGGUUGGUGUGGCUAUUUCAGCCUCUCUGUUGCCUCCUGCAGUUAACGCUGGCAUUCUGUGGGCUUUGGCGGUGCUGAAAAACUUGCGUUCAUUGUCAGAGAAAGUCAUAACAGCAGAAAUAGCUGGCAACAUCUACUUGACGAAGCCAUCAUUAGUGCCCCCUCGUGAUUACCAGAUCAUGUACUCCUUUCGCAUGGACAGAGAAUGUGCAAUUCUGGGGCUCAUCAGUUUGUUACUGACCUUAGUCAACAUUUUAUGUAUCAUAAUAGCUGCAGUGUGUGUUCUGAAGAUCAAAGAAGUCGCUCCAUAUUCUACAAUGAACAAAACAAAAAGAUUUUGGACAGAAGAUGUCAAGAUCGCCCGGAAUUUCUACAAAGUAACUCCUCACCCAGACUCAGCUAACCUUGCAGAGGAUUUUCUACACGAGUGGUCGAAAUUAACUGGCUUAGACGGAACAGAAAUAUUUGGAAAUACACGUUCUGCUCGUAAAACAAGACAGGAGACUGUGAGAGGACUGGUGGAGGAUGUCCAAGAUGACGAUGUCUAUCAGGCGGUCAUGCAGAGAGUGGGAGGAGUACGACCUGAAUCUCUUAGCAAAAGGUUCUCUGAUUCAGUGUCACAAGUGCAAGGGUUUCCACAUGGUAGCAGCACUGUGUCAGUAUGGGACAUCGAGAAUGGCUUCAGUGACGUAACUUUACGACAUCCUCAAAGAGUUGUACAGCCAGAAAACAAGCCACCAGCUCGGUUAAGCAAGCUUUUCAAAUGGAUUCCAAUAAACCCUAAGGUAAGACUCAAGUAUUGUACAUGA